GGUCGACGAGAAGAACAUGAACGUACUCAUGACGGACCUCGGCGAGAGGGUGGCAGCCGAGCUCCUCGGGACGGACAACAUGUGGUCGCCCGAGGAGGCCUGGAUCUUGUACACGCUGAACGCGCUGAAGGCGAAGGAGCUCUUCACCAUCAAUGAGCAGUACAUUGUCCGCGACGGCAAGGUUGCCAUCGUGGACACCUUCACCGGCCGCGUGCUGGAGGGCCGCCGGUGGGCCGACGGCAUGCACCAGGCCAUCGAGUGCAAGGAACAGAUCGAUCCCAGCUUCCGCUCGCAGGUCAGCGCGCAGAUCACCUACCAGUCGCUCUUCCGGCUGUUCCCGAAGCUGUGCGCCAUGACGGGCACAGCGCUCACCGAGGCCGCCGAGUUCGACGAGAUCUACGGCCUGCGGGGCACCGCCAUCCCCACCGCCCGGCCGAACGUCCGCCGCGACUACCCCGACGUCGUGUAUAGGACCGAGGAGGCAAAGCUGGAGGCCAUCGUCGACGAAAUCGUCCUGAACAACGAGCGCAACGGGCGCCCGAUCCUCGUAGGCACCUCCAACGUGAAGUGGUCUGAGCUGCUGGUGCAGCGGCUGCGGGAGCGCGGCGUGGAGCCCAACCUCCUCAACGCCCGCCCCGAGUCCGUGGCGCGCGAGAGCGAGACCAUCGCGCAGGCGGGCCGUCAGGGCAAGGUCACGGUGUCGACCAACAUGGCUGGGCGCGGCACCGACAUCAUCCUUGGCGGCAACCACUCCUCCAUGGCAGUCCUCAACUUGCGCGCUCGGCUUUCGAGCCGCUUGCUGCCGCUGGAGGAGCAGGGCAAGGUGCCGGCAGUGGACGAGGACUUCUACCCGUGCACCGUCCCGGCGGCCAUCGAGGACCGGCUCGACGAAGCCGUGGAUGCGCUGGCCCAGAGCGAAAGCGCGGGCGAUUACGGCACCUUCCUCGCGGUGGAGGAACUCGUCGCGACACUCGCCGGGGAGGCCCCGUUCGACCCGGGCCCAUCCUUCGAGCUGCUCGUGGAGCUGCGGGAGGCGUUCAGCAGCCUCAAGACCCUCUUCAAGGACGCUCUGGCGGCCGAGAAGCAGCGCGUCAUCGAGGCUGGCGGGCUCUACGUGCUCGGCACGACGCGCCACGAGUCCAGGCGCAUCGACAAUCAGCUGCGCGGGCGCGCCGGGCGCCAGGGCGAUCCUGGCACCACGCGCUUCUUUAUCUCGCUGCAGGACGACGUCUUCCGCAUAUUCGGCGGGGAGAAGAUCGAAGGACUCAUGGACAGGUUCAAGCUCGGGGACAAGAUCCCGCUGCAGAGCCCCAUCGUCAACGAUACGCUGAACCGCGUGCAGCAGGCGGUUGAGGAGUUCUUCAAGAGGACACGCACCACGCUUUUCGAGUUUGACAAGGUGAUCUCCAAGCAACGUGAGCUGACCUACCAGGUCCGCCGCAACUUCCUCGCGGCCGACGACGCGAAGGUCAGGGAGCUGAUUGAGGAGUGGGGCAAUGACUCCGUCAUGAUCCACAUGGCCAAGGCUGCGGGGAUGUCCCACGAGGAGAAGGCCACCGAGUUCAAGGAGUACUACGGCUUCGAUAUGCCCUCGAUUGGCGAGUACAGCAAGCCUGCGGAUGACGAGGAGUUCGUACCCCCCAGCGCCAUCGUGGAGGUGCUGUCGGCCUGCGUGCAGGAGGGCAUCUCCAGGAAGUGGGACGAGUACGAGCAGUUCCGCCCCGGCUUCCCGAUCGAGGCUGCCAGGAUCGCGACGAUCGUCACCAUCGACGAUGAGUGGAAGGUUCUGCUUCAGAAGAUGGAUGCCCUCAAGCAGACCGUGGGCCUUGCCGCCUACAAGGGCCGGAACCCGCUCAAGGAGUACCAGGUGCAGGGCUUCCGGAUGUACGAGAAGUGCGCGGACAAUUUCAAGGCGCGGUCCGUCAGCCGCUGGCUGCGCUCCAAGCCCAAGAAGCAGUGAGCGGGGAGCGCGCGCUCCGCCCGUGUGGGCUCGCCGCCGGGUGCCGCAGGGGCGCCUCCUGCACGCCAGGCCGCGGCAGGGGUGCCUGCGCCGACGGGCCCGGCCCCCGGAUCGGCCCCGGCGUGCACCCGGCGCCCUCCUGCGCGCCAGCGGGCCGGCGGAUCGCAGGAGCCUCGGGGCGCCCCUCCCGGGCCCCGUCUGGGGCCACGUCCUUCUCGUCGUCUUCGUCGCCGCCCUCCUCCUCCUCGGCUCCUCCCUCUCCUCCUCCUCCUCCUCCUCCUCCUCCUCCUCCUCCUCGUCCUCCUC